ACUCGCUUCAUCCGGCGCUUUUAGCGGACAGUACCAGAGACGGACCAACGGCAGAAACAAAUCCGACUGUCACGGAUUCUCGCCGAUAACGGAUUAAAACCGAACCGACCGCUGAAAUAUCUCACAAACGGCCGCCAGACAGGUGCUAUCCGCCCGCCUCCCCGGUCCUCGCUCGGCUCGGCGGCUCUCCUCCCGGGACUCGGUGCGAUACCGACGGUAACAACAAUGGCUUCUGGUUCUCCGUCGUCCUCUCCGGACACUGCGACGGGCUCAGGUACGGACCCAGCCCGGCCCGACACGGGGGAGCCGCUCGGUGGGGCCGGCUCGGACUCGGACUCGGACUUGGGCUUGGGUAAGUUUGACUGCAGCGCCAUGGAGGUGGGGGACCGGCCGGAGGGAGAGGAGCUGGAGCGGGAGUUCGAGGCUGCCGCCGACCGCGUCAGAGACCUGAUCCAGACGGCCAGCAAGGACCAGCUGCUGUACCUGUACGCCCGGUACAAGCAGGUCAAAGUGGGAAAGUGUAACACACCAAAGCCCGGCUUCUUUGACUUUGAAGGACAGAGAAAAUGGCAGGCCUGGAAGCAGCUGGGAGACAUGGAGCCGGAGCAGGCGAUGCAAGAGUACAUUUCCUGUGUCAACGUGUUGGACCCUGAAGGCAGCACGAAGGAAAGACGAGGAGCAGAAAGAAGAACGGGUUUCGGAGGAGCAGCAGUCAGCUCUCUGUACCAGGAGGAGACGAUCAGGGAAGAGGAUAAAAACAUCUUUGACUACUGCAGAGAAAACAACAUCGACCACAUCAGCGAGGCCAUCGGCUCCCAGAAAGUGGACGUCAAUACUAAAGAUGAAGAGGGUCGCGCUCUCCUGCACUGGGCCUGCGACAGAGGACACAAGGAGCUGGUGUCGGUAUUACUGGAGCACAAAGCCGACAUAAACAGUCAGGAUAAUGAAGGACAGACGGCGCUACAUUAUGCAUCGGCGUGCGAGUUCGCCGACAUCGUGGAGCUGCUGCUGAACGCCGGAGCCGACCCGUCCAUCAAAGACAUGGAGGGUUCUCUCCCCGAGGAGGUCACUGAAUCCAGCGCCAUCUCCUCCCUCCUGCGUCAGUACACGGCUCCAAAAGGCUAGACGUCCAUCCAUGCCUCCACCCAGUCAUCCCCAGACCUCCUAGCCUCAUCCCUCAUUCACCCCUUCAUCCCUCCAGAGACUCUGUUCAGCCCCAGCCGUUUGUAGACUCCAGAAGUUUGCUUUGAUUUUCUCUCUGAGUUCUCGAGGUGAGUUUGUUGGUUUAGCUCCUGUGGGCUGCGGUUGUAAACAUUAGUCGUUCCAUUUGAUAAGACACUUGAGUUUAAGGGCACCGCAUGUAUUUUUAUUCUUCUAAAAGUGUAUUCUUGAUUUUUCUGCACAGUAGGGCUGGGUGAUACGACGAUGACUGGCUGAGAUUUUGCUGUACUUAGGUCACUCUAGCUUCUCUCGUUGAUUGAGACCUUCGCUUGCAAUAUUGCAAAUCAAUGUCAGGACUGUUUAUUGGCAAUAUUUUAACGACAGGACUCAUGCGUCAUAGUAUCUGGAUUUAUCAGGUAUUUAUCUCACCGGAGGAACCAAAAACAGACAUUCCCAUCCGCUUCUUUUAUCUGUAAACGGUAUAAAAUUCACAAUAUGUAUCAUCAUGACAGUACAAUAUGCCAUAUACCAUGCAUUGUACCACUAUAAAUAUAUAUAUAUAUACAUUAUCCAGAUGUAUAUCACCCACUCCUACUGCUCAGGUCUGACAAGCAGCCAGGCCUUUUAGUCUGGGUCAGCGCUCUCCGACAGUUUCUUCAUAUUCAGUUGUGUUACGUACAAAGGAAUGCUUUAAUCAUUUGACAUAUAUCAUCAUUAAAGACUUCAGUGAA